AUGGUUUUAAGUGUCAUCAUCGUUUCAUCUGUAAUCAUUGCAGGUUUCGAAGGUUGUAUAUUAGCCAGUAUUACUCUUUAUCAGAAUGAUCUCUGUCCAGUUAACGGUAUAAUGGAAUGUUUUCACGGUGAAAAUCAUACUUAUUUUGAAUGUCAACCUGGUCAGAAAAUCGAUUUCCCAUUACUGACAAGUAGUGCCUCAUGUUUUCGAUGGAUCGCACGUGAUAAGUCAGUAACGGAUGUGAUGACACAACUCGGUGUUUGUACAGGUUUAUUGACUGCUUUUGGAGCAUUGGCUGAAGUUCUAAUACGUCUUUUGCUCUACGUAUUUCAGCAACGUCGAGGUGUAGCAGCAGGCAUACGUCGCAUAAUGGAGAAAACAGUUGGAAUAAAUCGAAUUACACAACCGUCUCGUUGUUGUGGUGCUUUACUACCAUGUCAUUUCAAUAUAGGCAUUCUAGGCUUGUAUGAACACCCUUGGUUGACUGUCAUACUUGUCAAAUUUUAUAUUCUUGUACCAUUACUCGUUGUCGCUGCAUUUGCUCUCCUAUCGAACUUUAAAAUCAGUAUAACAUCAUUAACCUAUAUUAUUCUACUUACACUCGUGCUACUUUGCUCCUUUGCUCUGAUAUGGAUAGUUUGGGAAGCAGAUGAAAUAGGUAGAAUUAUACCAGGUGGAUGGAUGAGUAUUCAAGAUAUACUUUCAAAAAGUCAAAUAGGAAAAGUAGCACAUUUAGGUGCCAAUAUAGCUUCAAAGAGUCACUUUGAUAAAGUUAUUAAUAUAGCUAAUGAUAAAGUUCUAAAAUUGACCAGUACGAUUGAAAAUAGACUUCCAAAAAGAGCAGUCGAACAAUUGGAAUGUGUUGUUGAAACGACAUCUGAAAACUCUCAAUAUCAUAAACAAGGAACCAGUUGGGCUCACAAAAUAAUUUCAAGAAAAGAAUCAAAAGAACAUGGUAAGACAGUUGCUCUUCAGAGUUAA